CAGGUUCAGGAUGCUCCCUCUGGUGUGGAACAAGGUGCCGAUCCCCAAUCAGCACUUCAGGACGCCAAAGAAGCUGUAAAACUCAUGAAGCCACUUUCGGUACAUGUGACAUCUGGAAAAUCUGCCGCCAACAAUGUACCAGCGGAUCUCGAAGGUGCAUCUAAUUUUCAGGACAGAUAUCUUCAACCCCUCAGGAUAUUCGACAGUAUUAUCAGGACGCUUGCGGAGGUACAUUCAUAUGCCAAGUUGGCACUGAGUGUAUUGUCUUGGGCCACAAAGAUAAUUCUUACUCAAGCGGAUUGCGAUACAGCAAUACUCGACCUUCUCCAGAAGUUGGGUGAUGUUUAUGGCUUCAUUACAGAAGACAAGAGGCUUCACCAGAUUUCGUCAAUGCACACUAUCCUUGGACAGAUUUCUCAGCAGAUCCUUGAAUGUGCCUAUUUUAUUAGAGAUUAUUCGGAGACCAAAAACUUUUGGAGUAGAGCCGGAAAGAACAUAGGCUGGGAAACAGAUGAUGCAGUUCGAGGGUAUGGCGGAAUGUUAGAUAAGCUCAUGGACAACUUCCAGAAACAAGUUACUCGCGAUGUAGCCAUUUAUGUCCAUCGUACAGGUGAAACACUAGAUCUCAGCGGUAUGACAUAUGCGGAUGGUGCAGGACGAGAUACCGGGAAACAAUGCCUACCAGGGAUGCGCAUGGAAAUCAUCUCCGAGAUCACAGACUGGGUCAACAGCACCGGUGACGGUGUUCAGCGUGUGCUCUGGCUAUCUGGCCCUACAGGCAAGGGCAAGUCGGCUAUCGUCCAUAUGAUUGCUAAUUGGUUCAAUGAUGUGGGAGGGCUUGGUUCAUGUUACUGCUUUGAUCACCAGUGAGAU